GGCCGCGCUGCGUCGGCAGCCGGGCCGGGGUCCGCGACCCCGCAGCCGUCGCGCGCUGGGCAGAUUGAUUCCCUUUGGAGCUGUAAGUUCUGAUGUAUUAGGGUCAGCGCUCAUUGUUCAUUGACGCAGAGUCCCAAAAUGAAUAUCCAGGAGCAGGGUUUCCCCUUGGACCUCGGAGCAAGUUUCACCGAAGAUGCCCCCCGGCCCCCAGUGCCUGGUGAGGAGGGAGACUUGGUGUCCACAGACCUGAGGCCUGUCAGCCACAGUUUCUGCUCUGGGAAAGGUGUCAGCAUUAAAGGUGAUACCUCCACAGCUACCCCAAGGCGCUCAGAUCUGGAUCUGGGGUAUGAGCCUGAGGGUAGCGCCUCCCCUACCCCACCGUACUUGAGGUGGGCUGAGUCACUGCACUCCUUACUCGAUGACCAGGAUGGAAUCAGCCUAUUCAGGACUUUCCUGAAGCAGGAGGGCUGUGCUGACCUGCUGGACUUCUGGUUUGCCUGUAGUGGCUUUAGGAAGCUUGAGCCCUGUGAUGCAAAUGAGGAAAAGAGGCUAAAAUUGGCCAGAGCCAUCUACCGGAAGUAUAUCCUGGAUGGUAGUGGUAUCGUCUCACGGCAAGCUAAACCAGCCACCAAAAGCUUCAUAAAGGACUGUGUUAUGAAGCAGCACAUUGAUCCUGCCAUGUUUGACCAGGCCCAGACAGAAAUCCAGUCUACCAUGGAGGAGAAUACCUAUCCAUCCUUCCUCAAGUCUGACAUUUACUUGGAAUACACAAGGACAGGCUCAGAGAGCCCGAAGGUCUGCAGUGACCAGAGCUCAGGAUCAGGGACAGGGAAGGGUAUAUCUGGAUACCUGCCCACAUUGAAUGAAGAUGAGGAAUGGAAAUGUGACCAAGAUGCACAUGAGGACGAUGGCAGAGACUCUGCUCCUCCCAGUAGGCUCACCCAGAAGCUGCUCCUGGAGACAGCUGCUCCAAGGACCUCCUCAAGUAGACGGUACAGCGAAGGCAAAGAAUUCAGGUAUGGAUCCUGGCGGGAGCCUGUCAACCCCUACUAUGUCAACUCUGGUUAUGCUCUGGCCCCGGCUACCAGCACCAAUGACAGUGAGCAGCAGAGCUUGUCCAGUGAUGCUGAUACCUUGUCCCUUACAGACAGCAGCGUGGAUGGAAUCCCCCCAUACAGGAUCCGUAAGCAGCACCGGAGGGAGGUGCAGGAGAGCAUCCAGGUCAAUGGGCGGGUGCCUCUACCUCACAUUCCUCGCACUUACCGAAUGCCAAAGGAAAUCCGUGUGGAGCCACAGAAAUUUGCUGAAGAGCUCAUCCAUCGCCUAGAGGCUGUCCAGCGCACCCGGGAAGCUGAGGAGAAACUGGAGGAGCGGCUAAAGCGUGUUAGGAUGGAGGAGGAAGGAGAGGAUGGUGAGCUGCCUUCUGGGCCCCCAGGAACAAGUCAUAAGCUGCCUUCUGUUCCAGCCUGGCACCAUUGCCCUCCCCGCUAUGUGGACAUGGGCUGUGCUGGGUUGCGAGAUGCCCAUGAGGAGAACCCUGAAAGCAUUCUGGAUGAGCAUGUGCAGCGAGUCAUGAGAACACCUGGCUGCCAGUCUCCUGGGCCAGGUCACCGCUCCCCUGACAGUGGGCACACAGCUAAGAUGGCAGUGCUGGGGAGUGUGGCCCCAGGGCAUGGGAAGCAUGCAUCCAAGUCAGGAACAAAGUUGGAGUCUACUGGCCUGCACCACCACAGGCAUAUCCACCACCAUGUUCACCACAGUGCAUCCAGGCCUAAGGACCAGGUGGAGGCUGAGGCCACCCGCAGGGUCCAGAGCAAUUUCACGUGGGGUCCAGAGUCACACACCCACUCCAAGCCCCGCAGCUACUCAGAGACUACAGGUGCCACCCCCAGUGCUGGGGACCUGACCUUCAGUGGGAAGGCAGGUGCGUCCUCCAAAAGAAGUGCCAAGAAGGCAGACUUGGGGAAAAACAGCAGUUCUGAGGUGCCAGGCUCCACAGACGAUGUGGAAAAGAACCAGAAGAUCAUGCAGUGGAUCAUCGAGGGGGAGAAGGAGAUAAGUAGACACCGAAAGGCCGGCCAUGGGUCUUCUGGGACCAGAAAGCAGCAGGCCCAUGAGAGCUCCAGGCCCUUGUCCAUUGAGCGACCUGGGGCUGUGCACCCCUGGGUGAGUGCUCAACUGCGGAACUCCGUUCAGCCUUCUCACCUCUUCAUUCAAGACCCCACAAUGCCCCCCAACCCAGCCCCCAACCCUCUGACACAGCUGGAGGAGGCCCGCAGGCGUCUAGAGGAGGAAGAGAAGAGAUCCAGCAAGCUGCCCUCCAAGCAGAGGUAUGUGCAGGCGGUCAUGCAGCGGGGACGCACCUGUGUCAGGCCAGUGUGCACGCCAGUGCUGAGUGUGGUGCCAGCCGUGUCGGACUUGGAGCUCUCCGAGACAGAGAUGAAAUCGCAGAGGAAGGCAGGUGGUGGCAGUGCCCAGGCAUGUGACAGCAUUGUUGUGGCCUACUACUUCUGCGGUGAGCCCAUUCCCUACCGGACCCUGGUGAGGGGCCGUGCAGUCACCCUCGGCCAGUUCAAGGAGCUGCUGACCAAGAAGGGGAGCUACAGAUACUACUUCAAGAAAGUGAGUGACGAGUUUGACUGUGGGGUAGUGUUUGAGGAAGUACGGGAAGAUGAAGCUGUCCUGCCCAUCUUUGAAGAGAAAAUUAUUGGCAAGGUGGAGAAAGUGGACUGAGCAGCAGGCAGCCACAGCCGAAGGUGCGCCAUCACUGUGCAUCUCCCUCAGAGCCAUGUGGACAGUCUUGUACUCAGGAGCCUGGGGUGUGUCCCAGGGAAAGUGUGCUACCCACAUCUUGGUCUUCUAGGUCCAGGUGGACUGGGGUCCCUCUGAGUGAGGUCCCACAGGCUUUUCUGGCCAUUGACGAGGAAGCCGCUCAUCCCUAUAGCAAUAUCAUAGCUUCCUGCCCAGCAGGAAAGCCCCCAGAGACCCCUGCAGCCCUCCACUGCUGAAUGCCUCACCCUUUGCCCACAUGCAAGGUCCACCUUUCCCUCUGGGACUCACCUAAUAGACCUGAUGGGGCCCAGGCCUGGGCACAGUGGGCCCCGUGAGGCCUGUAAAUUGUACAUGUCACUGAGUGCCUUUAACACAGCUGUUUCUUUUCUGCCACUGUGUGAAUCUGGCAGUAGAGUGCCAUAGGCUUUCCUCUGCCUAUCACUAGCCACUGGCUCAGCAGGUCAGUCGGGUCCCUCCUAUGUAAGGGUCCAUGUAAAUAAUGUAUAUUUCUCAGGCCAGGGCCAGCAGGGGCUGCCUCAAGCCCAUUUUUCAUGCAAUGACUUGUACAACUAUCUUUUCAAAGGUACUUGGAUAAUUAUGAAAUAAAGGUUUUUUAACCUUC